UACCAUAACCACCCUUCCUUCCGGACCAUGGAACCGUCCCGUGGAUUCGCCGCCGAUCUCGAUCCCAUCGCCUCUUGAUCCCUUUUACCGCCUCCCGAUCCGACCCCCGUAGAGGCUUGCCGCCUUCUCCUUCAGCGGCGACCGUCCGGGCUGCCCGUUGGCGUAUUCGUGACGGAAGCGUCCGUCUAGGAACGUGGAUAUGGGGGAUCUCGAAGGUGAGGGAGGCGGUGGCGAUGAGGAUGUGAUGUCCACAAAGGAGGAGGAUGCGCCGAGCAACGGCCUCUCUGAGAAGGCGAAUGAAGUGGAAGCCAAGCCCGAUGAUGGAAACAUUCGGGAGGCAGAGUCGUCGCUCCAGGAAGGGCUCUCGCUCAAUUACGAGGAAGCAAGAGCACUCCUUGGAAGACUUGAAUAUCAAAGAGGUAAUAUUGAAUCUGCUGUUCGGGUAUUCGAUGGAAUAGACCUUCAAGCUGCUAUUCAGCGAUUACAAAGUUCCAGCGAUGAGAAGCCUCCUUCAAAGAGGAAUAGAUCACAUGAUGAAUCUGUACAUAUGCCAUCGCAACAUGCUGCUAGUCUUGUACUUGAAGCCAUCUAUCUGAAGUCCAUGUCAUUACGUAAACUAGGCAAAGCUGCUGAAGCUGCUCAGGAAUGUAGCAGCAUCCUUGAUGCUGUGGAAAAAAUGUUCCAACCUGGCAUACCAGAUUUUUCAGUUGAGCAGAAGUUACAGGAAACUGUUAGUAGGGCAGUUGAGCUACUUCCAGAGCUCUAUAAGCAAGCUGGGUGCUAUCAGGAAGCUUUUGCUUCAUACCGUCGUGCACUCCUAAGUCAAUGGAAUCUUGAUGAUGAUUGCAGUGCAAGGAUUCAGAAAAGAUUCGCUGUUCUUUUAUUGUAUGGUGGAGUGGAGGCUAAUCCACCUAAUUUGGCUUCCCAAGUUGAUGGUGCAUUUGUUCCAAAAAAUAAUUUGGAAGAGGCUAUUUUACUUCUAAUGCUAGUGUUAAGAAAAUGGUAUCUGGGCAAGAUCCAGUGGGAUCCAUCAGUAAUUGAACAUCUUUCUUUUGCACUCUCUCUAUGUGGCCAAACUUCUGUACUUGCUAGACACAUUGAAGAGGUCAUGCCUGGAAUAUAUCCACGGUGUGAUAGGUGGUACAGAUUAGCCCUUUGCUAUAGUGCUUCAGGUGAAAGUCUUUCUGCAUUGAACUUAUUAAGGAAGUCAUUAAACAAAGAUGAAAGUCCUAAUGAUAUCAUGGUGUUGCUAUUGGCUGCUAUGAUCUGUAGUAAGCGCCAUUCUCUUUCUUCUGAAGGAGUAGAAUACGCACAGAGAGCUAUAGAAAAUGCUCGAGUUGGAGAUGAGCAUCUAAAAAGUAUAGGUCUUCGUUUUCUAGGUAUUUGUCUUGGAAAACAAGCUAAGACUGCUUCCUCAGAUCAUGAAAGGUCUAGAUUGCAAAGUGAAGCGUUGAAAUCAUUAGAUGAAGCAAUGUCUAAUGACCGCCAUAACCCAGAUAUCCUUUUUGAUCUAGGACUCGAAUAUGCUGAGCAACGAAAUACUAGUUGUGCACUUCGAUGUGCAAAAGAAUAUAUUGAUGCAACUGGUGGAUCAAUAUCCAAAGGAUGGAAAUUGCUUGCUCUGGUUUUAUCUGCUCAGCAACGUUACUCUGAGGCUGAAAUUGUAACAGAUGCAGCUCUUGAUGAGACUGCUAAAUGGGAACAAGGACCAUUAUUGAGACUCAAGGCAAAGUUAAAAGUCGUUCAGUCCUUACCUGUGGAUGCAGUUGAAGCAUACCGCUUGCUUCUCGGGCUUGUUCAGGCCCAAAGAAAGGCUUCUGUAUCUUUCAAUAAUAGGACAGAGCUUGAGGAUGGCAAAGUCAGCGAGUUUGAAGUUUGGCAAGGUCUUGCCAAUCUGUAUUCGAGCCUCUCCCACUGGAAAGAUGCUGAGAUAUGCUUGGAUAAAGCUAGGGAAAUGAAACCCUUUUCUGCUUCUAUUCUACAUGCUCAAGGUCGUAUUCUUGAAUUGUGUCAAGAGACCAACCAAGGAGCAUUGGGUACUUACUGCAAGGCCCUCUCAGCUGAGCUUGACCAUGUGCCAUGUAAAGUAUCAAUCGGUGCUCUACUGGCCAAAAAAGGCUCAAAAUCUUUGCCUGUCGCUAGAAGCUUUCUUUCUGCAGCCCUAAGGCUCGAACCAACAAAUCAGUCGGCAUGGUAUCAUUUGGGCUUGAUCCACAAGGAGGAAGGUCGUCUGAGUGAUGCAGCAGACUGUUUCCAGGCGGCGUCAUUGUUAGAAGAAUCAGAUCCUAUAGAGAGUUUCAGUUCUAUUACUUAACUAACCAAAGACAAGGUUUGUUACGUUUCCUUUUCUUUUACCUUUCACCAUCUGAGUACAUAGCUUCAUUCAAUGGAUCUCUCUUGUACAUUGUAUUUAUAGAGAUCAGUCUUUGUCGACUUCUUGUUCUUCUUGGCUUUCUUUCUCAUAGUGCAAUAUUGGUUCUUGCUGCUUUGGCAGCUUAUAUAUCCUUAUUUGAGUGA